GCGGCCCGCCCUCACCGGCGCAGCCUCCUCACGUGCAGCUACCGGCACUCUCCGACGCCAUGUUCGACUUGGAAAAGGGCUUUGAGGGCUGUAGAUACAUGCACAAGAGUAAAAAAGCUGGAGUAAAAAAGAGGAAUAGUGUACAUAGCAGGCCAGUAGCAGAGUAUACAAUAUGCAACACGGAUUUUCCCGCUCGCGUGUCUCAUACUAAUAGACUUCAGAAGAACACAGAACAUGCAGCGCUAUAAGGGAAGGAGGUUUGUAUCCGUACAUUUCCCGUCCGGUACUAUGAGCACGAAGUCA